GGCGCCGCAGUGCCAGGCUCCAGAGCGCCGCAGCAUCCUCGCGGUUGGUGGCUCCUUCCUGCUCUGCAUCUCGUCUUCCUCCUCCUCGGCCCGCGCGAUGGCGAAGCCGCUGACUGACAGCGAGAAGCGGAAGCAGAUCAGUGUGCGCGGCAUUGCGGGGCUGGGAGACGUGGCCGAAGUGCGGAAGAGCUUCAAUCGGCACCUGCACUUCACGCUGGUCAAGGACCGCAAUGUGGCCACACCCCGCGACUACUUCUUCGCGCUGGCGCACACGGUGCGCGACCACCUGGUGGGCCGCUGGAUCCGCACGCAGCAGCACUACUACGAGCGCGACCCCAAGCGCAUCUAUUAUCUUUCCCUGGAAUUCUACAUGGGCCGGACACUGCAGAACACAAUGGUGAACCUAGGCCUUCAGAAUGCUUGUGAUGAAGCGAUUUAUCAGCUGGGGCUGGACUUGGAAGAACUGGAGGAAAUAGAAGAGGAUGCUGGCCUCGGGAAUGGAGGCCUGGGGAGGCUGGCAGCCUGCUUCCUUGACUCAAUGGCUACGUUGGGCCUGGCAGCAUAUGGCUAUGGAAUCCGCUAUGAGUUUGGGAUUUUUAACCAGAAGAUUGUCAACGGCUGGCAGGUGGAAGAGGCAGAUGACUGGCUGCGCUAUGGUAACCCCUGGGAGAAGGCCCGGCCCGAGUACAUGCUUCCUGUGCACUUCUACGGGAGAGUGGAGCACACCCCAGAGGGCGUCAGGUGGCUGGACACCCAGGUGGUGCUGGCGAUGCCGUACGACACCCCUGUGCCAGGCUACAGGAACAACACUGUCAACACCAUGAGGCUGUGGUCUGCCAAGGCACCCAACGACUUCAAGCUCCAUGACUUUAACGUGGGUGGCUACAUUGAGGCGGUCCUGGACAGGAACCUGGCCGAGAACAUCUCCAGAGUCCUCUAUCCAAAUGAUAAUUUCUUUGAGGGGAAGGAGCUGCGCCUGAAGCAGGAGUACUUUGUGGUGGCUGCCACCCUCCAGGACAUCAUUCGCCGCUUUAAGUCCUCCAAGUUCGGCUGCCGGGACCCAGUGAGAACAUGUUUCGAGACGUUCCCAGACAAGGUUGCCAUCCAGCUGAAUGACACCCACCCAGCCCUAGCCAUCCCUGAGCUCAUGAGGAUACUGGUGGAUGUGGAGAAAGUGGAUUGGGACAAGGCCUGGGAAAUCACAAAGAAGACCUGCGCAUACACCAACCACACUGUGUUACCUGAGGCCUUAGAGCGCUGGCCUGUGUCCAUGUUUGAGAAGCUCCUGCCACGGCAUCUGGAGAUCAUCUACGCCAUCAACCAGAGGCACCUGGAUCACGUGGCUGCCCUGUUCCCUGGGGAUGUGGACCACCUGCGGAGGAUGUCUGUGAUCGAGGAAGGGGACUGCAAACGGAUUAACAUGGCCCACCUGUGUGUGAUCGGGUCCCAUGCUGUCAACGGCGUGGCAAGGAUCCACUCAGAGAUCGUAAAGCAGUCAGUCUUUAAGGAUUUUUAUGAGCUGGAGCCAGAGAAGUUCCAGAAUAAGACAAAUGGGAUCACACCCCGACGGUGGCUGCUGCUGUGUAACCCGGGGCUGGCUGACACCAUCGUGGAGAAAAUCGGGGAGGGUUUCCUGACUGACCUGAGCCAACUGAAGAAGCUGCUGCCAUUGGUCAACGAUGAGGCACUCAUCAGGGACGUGGCCAAGGUCAAGCAGGAAAACAAACUGAAGUUCUCUGCGUUCCUGGAAAAGGAAUACAAGGUGAAAAUCAACCCCUCCUCCAUGUUUGACGUGCACGUGAAGCGGAUCCACGAGUACAAGCGGCAGCUGCUGAACUGCCUGCACAUCAUCACCCUGUACAACCGACUAAAGAAGGACCCAACCAAGGCCUUUGUGCCCAGGACUGUCAUGAUCGGGGGCAAGGCAGCCCCCGGUUACCACAUGGCCAAGAUGAUCAUCAAGCUGGUCACGUCCAUUGGCAACGUCGUCAACCAUGAUCCAGUUGUGGGCGACAGGCUCAAAGUGAUCUUCCUGGAGAACUACCGAGUGUCCUUGGCUGAGAAAGUGAUCCCUGCUGCAGACCUGUCACAGCAGAUCUCCACUGCGGGCACCGAGGCCUCAGGCACGGGCAACAUGAAGUUCAUGCUCAACGGGGCCCUCACCAUUGGCACCAUGGAUGGCGCCAACGUGGAGAUGGCUGAGGAAGCUGGGGCUGAGAACCUCUUCAUCUUUGGCAUGCGUGUAGAGGACGUCGAGGCCCUGGACCAGAAAGGGUACAAUGCUAGAGAGUACUAUGACCGCCUGCCUGAGCUGAAGCAGGCCGUGGACCAGAUCAGCAGCGGCUUCUUCUCUCCCAAGGAUCCAGACUGCUUCAAGGACGUUGUCAACAUGCUGCUAAACCACGACAGGUUCAAGGUGUUUGCAGAUUAUGAAGCAUACGUGGCAUGCCAGGCCCAGGUGGACCAGCUGUACCGGAACCCCAGGGAGUGGACCAAGAAGGUCAUCAGGAACAUCGCCUGUUCGGGCAAGUUCUCCAGUGACCGGACCAUCACAGAGUAUGCCCGGGACAUCUGGGGUGUGGAGCCCUCCGACCUGCAGAUCCCACCCCCCAAUCUCCCCAGGGAUUAGGAGCCCAGGCAACAGCCUUGCUUGUUUCAGUGCUGUUUCUAGAAGGCCAAGGGAUCGUAGUGGUGGCUUGGGGUGGGCAAGGAAGGAAAGUUGUAAAGAGUGAGAUGCUCUCCAGUUUCCUGCAGUGUAGCAGGGCUUGCAGCACUGACUACGGCAGCUGGCCCCGCAGCUUUAGCCCACCUGCCCCAAGGAGGUGGGGAAGGUGGAGCCACCUGCUGGCUCCUCCAAGACCUUGCAUGCACCUUGCUGUGAGCUUGUUUUUAGUUUUGAGCUUCUAGAUUCUGGGGUCUGGGCAGGAAGCUGUGGCAAAGCCUGGGGAACUAUGUGUUUCUGCACUACAAGGUCUAGACAGCUGGUGUGGGAGGCCCAGCUCUGCUCCUGGCUGUACUGGGAGGGUCCAGUACUUUAGGCCAAGUCUGUAGCUGCUAUGUAGGUGCUCUGGCCCAAGGUUUCCAGACUGAUCAGAUAAAGGGAUCAGUGAGGGUCAAUUGGGUGAGGACACCUGUGUCUGGCAUCUUGGGGACUUUGGCUAGGACAAAGCAGGCUGAUGCAAAGUUAGCUUGGUUUUGUUUUUUCAAGAAAAAAAAAAUUAACUUCACAGGAAGAUUAAAGUAGCUGAAGCCUUUUCUUGUUUUAGCAACUAAAAAGUGUACUUCUGAAAUUUUGUCCUGGAUUGGCCCAGCCCUGGGGGCCUGGGAUAGAGUCACUGCCUUUGCUAGAAAGGCUGAUAGCCCAGCCCCUGCUGCAGAUCCAUGCCCUUAUUGUACCCCUGCCCUGUCCUGGGGGCUGCGUCUCCUGUCUUACACAUGAGGCCAGUCUCCCUUCUCCCUCCCUUUCUACUAGUACAACCAAGGCAGUCUAGGAAAAGGACCAAGCAGGCUCAGAAGGAGGCCCACUUUUCCAUUCUGCCUGGAAGGCAGGCUGGUGGCUGAAAGGAUGGAUUAGCCCCUCUCAGUUGCCCAGAGGAGAGAGCCAGGAAGCAGGCUGGAACACUUCACCAUAGGCAUAUUGGAGACAUGGGUCUGCCUCCUUGCAUGCUGGAUCUCAAUGGCACAGGGCUUUGCCCUCACCCUGGGUCCGGACUGCCCACAGAACCAGGCCAUGGAAGAUUUGCUCACAUGCACGCUUCACCAGAGCUGUGGAGGACUGCUGGGGAGGCCCACGCUCUGGGGAUAUGGUUGAAUCCACGACACCCUCCACUGCCCCGUUUCUUAGGCCAUGUGUGACCCAUCACUGUGUCACUUGCUGUUAACUGCCUUGAGAAACUGAUUAAACUUUCCUGCCUGUG